GUUUCAGCCUACUGGACCGAGUGGGAGAGCCCAGGUUGAACAGGCGGGGAUAUUUUUCCGAAUCGCAACCAACUUAUUUUAAGAUCGAGUCGAGCAGUGUGCCGCGGGUGAAAAGUGAUAUUUUCUUUUCUUUUUUCUUCAUUUUCUUUUUCUUGUGGAAAAACUAGAAGAUCGUUUUCCGCCAUGUCCGGAAACAGCAGGACCAUCCUCAGUAGACCCCGCACCCGCAUCUACGACUCCAAUUAUAACAUUGGCGAAAGCUAUUACAAAUCAGCUUUAGAUCGCUUGGACAGGAAAUAUUCUGGUCGUCCGCUAUCACCACCUAGAGGACCCUCUUCAGCUGUACUGGAUAUCGCCGAUCGCCAUGCCAGGGCUUUUGCUGAAGAUGACAUUGAAGAGUCGAGACGUAGAGCGAGCAACAGAAUAAGAGAAAAUAACGUUUUUGAUUCCAGAGGAGCGAGGUUCUCUAGGGCAAGUGAUUCGUUUGAAGAAAAUGGAAUAACUGAUGAGACUGCAUCAACCCUCCAAAGAAUCAGAGCUUCAAAAAAAGUGUCAUACGUCGAUGAUCUCGAUCUCGAAUCCACAUCAAAUAAUCUGAAGACGCAAAGGUUAUUAGACAGAUCAGAAAAGAUUUUGGAUAGUAUUGGUAUUAACGAAAGCUCUGCCAGCAAAAGAGCUUUGGAAAAUGAGUUUUCUUAUCAAAAAAGAACUUUGAAGGCCACAUAUGACGCAGAAGGGGAUAAUUUAACCAAAUGGCAACCGAUGCCCGCUCCUCAAGAAAACGGUGAAGUGGUAGCCAGUGCCGCUGCUUUGAGAGCACGUAAGUCGCGUGCUAGGAUAGAUGAUAUUGAUGAUGAAAUGGCUGCUAUGCAGGAAAAACAAGCUGCAAGAGAACGCAGAGUGGCCAGACUAAAGCAGUUGGUAGCAGAAUGCGAUUCUGAGACAGUCAGCGAUAGCGGCGUCGCCAUUAACACUUUGGCAAUCACAGAAAAAAAAGUUAGAUUUUAAAUAAGACUUGUAUACUUUUUUCAUUUUUAAAUUGGUAGUUUUAAAUUGACUUUUAGAUCAUUUUUUUAUUAUUUUAAGAGCAUUUUUUUUAAUAUGUUUUUUUUUUAAAUAUGACUGCCAAUUACCGUAUUUGGUUUUUGAAGCUUUGCUCAAAUUUUUUAUGUUGAGUUGUUUUUGACAAACUUUAUAAAUAUGCAUUUUAAGAUGAGUUUUUUUAAAAAGUUUUAUAAAAAUUGUAUGCUUUUUAUUUAAUUUUUGCGAGUUUUUUCUGUGUAAAUUUUUAAAAGACCUAUGAUAAUCCAGGUUUUCCUUGUAAUACCUUUAGAAAUAUAUUAUACCGAUACUACA